AUAUAUACUUCAGACAAUGGGACCUGGACAAGCGACUUUGACGUUAGAGCAUCCUGAAGUUGACGUAUGGAUAUAAUUUAGACAAUAGGGCACUGAAGCGCAGAUAUGAGGUCAAAGAAUCCUGUAGAUGGAGAACAAAUAUGAUUAAGGCAAUGGGAAGAUUUCUGAGACGCUAUUACGUGUCGGCUAAAAUGAAAAUUAGGUUAAAUUCAAAGAUAAUACAAUUUUGCAUUUUGUGCGUGUUAAUUGCACAUGUCGUCGUCAUGAUAAUUUUCACAGAUAAUUGCCAGUGGAUGGAAAAGGGAUACGUAGAAAAAUAUAUCAAAAACAACAUGGCAUAUGAUUCACCUAAAGAAGCGAUGUCGAACCUUUCACAAAACACCAAUUCAACAGCGCACAUAUCUCGGCGUAAAUUGGAUGAGAUUUUCAAAGUGAAAAUGAAACCAAAUCUAAUGAAUCUUCUAAACCCAUCAAAUCCAAAAUUUGCACUGACGGUAAAUUCAUCAUAUCUUCUCGAAAACAAAAACCGAUGCUCAUCUGUUUCAAGUUUAACAAUUCUCAUAAUGGUCCUAUCAGCACCAAACAACUUUGAUAGGAGAAAAGUCAUCAGAGAAACGUGGGCAAAUGGAAGCUUCUAUUCUUCCUAUGGAACAGCAAGGGUUGUGUUUCUUCUUGGGAUUAUCAAUGAUUCUGAAGUCCAACGUAACAUUGAGAAAGAGUUUAGCCUCCAUAGAGAUAUUGUACAAGGAUCAUUCAUAGAUUCUUAUCAUAACUUGUCCCAUAAAUCUGUUAUGGGUUACAAAUGGGUUACUGAACGAUGUAGAAAUGCUAAAUAUGUUAUCAAAACAGAUGACGAUGCAGUAAUCAAUAUGUUUCGAAUCUUAGAAUACGAUAUUCACACUCUGUCCAUUGACCUGUACCAUGUACACUGCGUACGUGAAAUCUACAGUCCAAUUCACAGAGAUAAAAGUCAUUGAGUACCUGUCAACCCCAACCAGUUUAAGUGGAGGAUAUUUUAUCCACCAUACUGUUAUGGUCAAUACGUGAUGAUGCUAAAUGUCAUAGUUCCAUAUUUAUACAAGUCGGCAUUGCAGACUCCAUUAUUUUGGAUUGAUGAUGUGUUUUCAUAUGGUAUUGUAAUGAACAAUAUACCAGCAUUAAAAUACAAAGCAAUAAAAUUGGAAGAAUACGAAAAAACCGCUACUGACAAAAUUUUCUAUUGCUGGACACAAAAUAAGCCGAAGUGGCAUUACAUAUUUCAUGUGGUUCAAGAUGCUAAUCAGAUGAGAGUUAUAUGGUCAUCAAUUUCUAAGCAUUAUGUUUAACAAAAAUAAUUUAAGAAAGGUCAAGUAAUCUAGGUAGUUCUUCUGGAUGUCGUACAUAUACUUACUUAUCUUCCUAAAGUAACUCGGUGAAUGGAGCGACGAGUGUCGGAUGUCUCCCUCCGUCUUUUAAUUUUUAGAACGUCUAUGAAAACAGUGCCUCGAGUGGUAACUGGACUCGAAACAUUUUCUUUGGUCAACUUGUGCUCUGCUUACUGUGGUAACCAUGUUCAGACUGGUCAUUUUAACAUUUGGGUUUGAACUAA